AUGAAAACAAAAGGGUUAUAUCAACAGAAAUUUCCAAGUCACAAACAUAAAUAAUAUAACAUUUAGGCAUUGCUAUAAUCCUUGCCUUAAUUGGUAGCUCUAAAAACAAAUAGUAUUGUCUAGGAAGUAUCAUUAAUUUGGAUAUUUUAGAAUCGCAAUCAGAAUAAAAUGAAUUAAGAAUAACAAUAGUUGUUGAAAUUGCGGCUGUUACCAUUUUACGCUAAUUGCACAACUUAUCUCUCAAUCACUUAAAUGCAUCAGCUGUUUAAAUGA